CGAGUUUUGGAUCUGCCAACGAAAUGGGAUGGAAUAGUAGUAUGCCGCCGCCUCCCCGAUCCAUGUCCUUUAGCGGAGAGAUGUUGGGAAGCCAUCACCCACCACAGUACUAUCCGGUGGCCCAGCAAAAUCAAAUCUAUGAAAGGCAUUCUCAACAUUUCACUCACAUGUACAGUGGAGUGCCUGUGGGCGAAACGGAUGAGAGCAUAGAGCAGGCUAUUGACCCUGCAAUAAUGGGGAGUGCCGUUCCCUCAGCAACACCAAUGGCUUGGCAACAGCAACAAGCACAGCAGCAGCAGCAACUCAUACCACAGCAUCAACAGCACCAAUUGCCAGAUACUCAGGGAGGUGUUUAUCGUACGUGGGGAGAGUACGGUGAGGGCGACAGAUCACAACACAUGUAGAACUGGUCGAUAGCGUAACCAGUUCCUUUCAUCCCGCCCUGGCUGAAACUGACGGAAACAUGUCACAGUAAGAGGUGGCAUAGGUCCUGGGACAACUGGCAAGUCGUUUCUCCUCGCUGAAAAUCAAAGUGCCCGAAGCACACCGAGGUGGCUACCCUGAAAGGAAAUGGAGCUUUUACUGGCUUUGAAGAUAUAGGGAUGGUGGGUCAAAUUUUUGCUAGUCUCGGACUUACAAAUAUGGCCGGGAAAUCUUUGUUUCGACUUGAAGGAAUUGUCGGGGUCAAAUAUAUGGAACUACCUAUCUAUUCCGUCAUCACCCAGGAUAUCCUUCCAAGAUCUGAUUUGAAAGCAGCCACUUGAUCAGGUUUUUUUUUACUGGAUUGAAUACUAGGAAAUAGAGCACGGCUUUCGGAAAACCCCACGGCUAAUAGGAAUUAUAAGGAGAAGGAGUACGGAUAAUGACUGGAUACUGCUUUUACUGGGCUUCGUAUUGCAGGAAGAGAUGGGCCUUCAACCACGUUAAGAUGGCCUAAGGGAGAGAUAUGGCUCCUUUUUUUUUCGGGAUGGGAUGCUUGGAUAUCACUAACUUACCGGAGCUCGACCUUUUGGCAAGAAAAGCGGCCACCUCAUGCCAACACAACUACCAGUCUACUACCUGUACUUUGGCAAUAUUCGGGACUAGCCGGCCAUUCAUUCCACUAUUGAGAGACUUAGCAAGGGAGCCUCCUAAAGAUGAAGCUCAGCAUUAUACCUCUAUUCGGACUUGGAUUUCAACCGCGUGUCGCUCGAAUUCGUAAUGGGCCUGAACUUUCCGAUCAUUUCAACAUUCAACAUUGGACGAGUAUGACGCAAUAAUACCCCGGGAUGGGAUGGGAUGGGACGGGUUCUCGACGACUGUAUAUACUGUGGGGUCAACGGAUGUUUUGACGGCCGAAUAACUUUUUAGAACCGGGGAUCAUUAAACGGUGAGCUCAACUCACACAGCGGAAUUAGCGGAUUAGAUUUAUCAAUUUUCCUUUUUGUAUUUUUUUCUAUAUUGGGCUUUUUACUGGAUCUGGGUGUGAAGCUGGGGAAAAGUUUCAAGGUGGUCGGCGGCGGAUGGGGGAGCUUGAAGUGGACUUUAGUCUACCUUUGAUCAAGUUUCGGGGCAUGGGGGAAAUUUCUCUGGGGCUUCUCUUCUUUUUUUGUUACAAAUUGCAAGGCAUUGAAUGAAGCAUAUUUGAGUUUUUGUUAGGGU